AUGGCAAAAUACUUCAAUGAGAAGUCCAAUAUCUCUGGAAUUGUCCCACUCGGAAGCUUCAAUGCUAUGUUCAAUUUCACUGGCUCUUGGCAACUUGAUGCAGCAGCUACAAAAUCCCUUGCAAUGAUUGGAUAUGUCAUUCAAUUAUUUACAGUGGAAUUAGUGAAAUCAAACUUAGUUUUGCAUGAUGAAGUCAAGUGUGCUGUUCCUUACUCUUGGGAUCCUGCAUCCUUGGCAAGCUUUAUCGAAAAUUAUGGCACCCAUAUUGUUACCUCAGCAACUGUUGGUGGAAGGGAUGUAGUUUAUGUCAGGCAGCACCAGUCAUCUCCUCUGUCUGUGUUAGACAUUGAGAAUUAUGUGAAAGACAUUAGAGAUCAGAGGUUCUCGGACUUGAAAAGCCAGCCAAGUGCUGGCCCUUUGAAAUACAAAGACAAGGAUGUUACGGUCAUAUUCAGAAGAAGAGGAGGUGAUGAUCUUGAGCAGAGUCAUGCCAAGUGGGCAGAUACUGUGCAAACGGCACCAGAUGUUAUCAAUAUGACUUUUACUCCCAUUGUAUCUUUGCUUGAAGGCGUUCCGGGAAUAAAGAAUUUAACACGUGCAAUUGAGUUAUACUUGGAGUACAAGCCACCUAUAGAGGAUCUACAGUAUUUCUUGGAUUUUCAAAUUGCUCGAGUUUGGGCUCCAGAACAGAGUAACCUUCAAAGAAAGGAGCCCGUGUGUUCAUCACUUCAGUUCAGUUUGAUGGGUCCCAAGCUUUAUAUAAGUCCAGAUCAGGUGACAGUUGGGCGUAAGCCAGUAACUGGACUUAGGCUCAGCCUUGAAGGCAUCAAGCAAAACCGGCUUGCUAUCCAUUUGCAGCAUCUAGUAUCUCUUCCUAAAAUUCUUCAACCCCACUGGGAUGCACACAUGGCGAUAGGAGCACCCAAGUGGCAAGGUCCUGAGGAGCAAGACAGCCGAUGGUUUGAACCAAUCAAGUGGAAAAAUUUCUCCCAUGUCAGUACUGCUCCGAUAGAGCAUACUGAAACAAGCAUCGGAGAUCUCUCUGGUGUGCACAUUAUCACGGGAGCUCAGCUUGGUGUUUGGGAUUUUGGUGCCAAAAGUGUUCUACAUCUAAAACUCCUCUUUUCCAAAGUACCUGGUUGUACAAUCAGGCGAUCGGUAUGGGACCACAGCCCUUCCAACCUUUUGACUACACAAAGGCCAGAUGGUUCUUCUACAUCAGUUUCAAAUGAGAGAAGCUCCGAUGAUAGAAAAGGGGACACUUCAGGCCAACAUGGAAAACUGGCAAAAAUUGUGGACAUGUCAGAAAUGUGUAGGGGACCUCAAGAUAUUCCAGGUCACUGGUUGGUUACAGGGGCUAAGCUUGGUGUAGACAAGGGGAAAAUCGUUCUACGCGCAAAAAUGACUAAUUUGCAUCUGUUGUGGAAGAACCAUGCUGCUUAUAAAAAUGUCUACAUUGCAGGGGCCCAAUUCAUCCGCACUCUUCAGACCAGUAGCUUUGUUCAGUAUCUUCUGUCGAUUGUCAGCUUGUUCAGGCGACUUCAGAGGAUUCAGCUGACCUCAGAGGAUUACAGUAUGCUUCUUCUCUGCAGCGAUUACAGUCUGUUUUCUAAGGUCAAAUUACUCUAA